AUGCGCGGACGAUGACUGAAUCGGUUACCACACAGCCAAAAGCCAAUGAGACUGCCUCCGGUGGUAACCUAAGCUAAGCUCUUUAGACACUGAGGAUUGCUGUCUCAGCUCCAAAGCGAUAAUCUAAUAUCAGUAAUUAGUUAUGGUACUCUCGGCUUGCUCUCUCGGGCCUUCUAACCUGAACCCUUUACCUUCAUCUUCCCUGUUCAAGCCUCUCAAAUUUCCUCCCUUCUGGCCAAGGCAAAAAGUGAAGAUGGGUCCCCUGAGCGUGUCUCCGAUGGGGUUUGGAACGUGGGCAUGGGGCAAUCAGUUUCUUUGGGGGUACCAGGAAUCGAUGGACAACGAGCUUCAACAAAUCUUUAAUUUGGCUGUGGAGAAUGGGGUCAAUCUCUUUGAUACUGCUGACUCUUACGGAACGGGGAGGUUAAAUGGGCAGAGCGAGAAGCUUCUGGGACGAUUCAUUCGAGAAUUUCAAGGGCAAAAGGGGGGCCAGGGUGAGAUAGUAAUUGCCACAAAGUUUGCAGCAUAUCCAUGGCGCCUAACACCAGGUCAAUUUGUGGAUGCUUGCAGGGCAUCUCUAGAUCGAAUGCAGCUCGAGCAAAUUGGGAUAGGACAACUACAUUGGUCAACUGCUAAUUAUGCUCCUUUGCAGGAGCGAGCUCUCUGGGAUGGUCUCGUGGCAAUGUAUGAGAAGGGUUUAGUUCGAGCUGUUGGAGUGAGCAAUUAUGGACCAAGGCAACUUUUGAAGAUACAUGAUUAUUUGAAAGUUCGAGGAGUCCCCUUAUGCUCAGCCCAGGUGCAGUUUUCUUUGCUAAGCACGGGGAGAGAUCAAUUAGAGAUCAAGAAUAUAUGUGAUUCUCUAGGCAUUCGCUUGAUUGCUUAUAGUCCUUUAGGACUUGGAAUGCUUACAGGGAAAUAUUCACUAUCCAAACUUCCAACCGGGCCUCGGGGCUUGCUGUUCAGACAAAUCCUACCUGGAUUGGAGCCUCUAUUGAGUUCCUUGAGAGAGAUUGCAAACAAACGACGCAAAAGCAUGGCGCAAGUAGCGAUAAAUUGGUGCGCGCGCAAAGGGGCAAUUCCAAUACCAGGAGUCAAGUCAAUGAAACAAGCACAAGAGAAUUUGAGCGCUCUUGGAUGGCGCCUUUCUUCAGAUGAGUUGUUUCAAUUAGAAUGUGCAGCACAGGAGUCUCCUCGCAGGAUGAUCCAGAACAUUUUCCAAACCAAAUAAACGAUGAAACGUGGCAUCCACAGAAGUUAAAGACCUGGAAACACUUCACAAGGGUUCCAAUGGUUAUACAGACCCGCCAAAUGUUCUGGGAAUGCUAUGCAACAGAAUAUAAGGUUGGCCUGAAAGCCAUUGCUAAGCUUGAUUGAAGCAGCAUGACUGAUAAGCGUCAGAUCACUGCAUUGUAAAGGCACUUUAAAAACAUUUGCUUGCUUCCAUAUACAGAAUGCCUUGACGA